AUGUCCAGUACUGGCACCAUGGGCGAGAUGGCGAACAGCGCAGUGGAGUUCUACCCUAAAGGUCGCGGGGGCAGCGUGAGGGGGGGAGGGGCCGAUGGGGGGCACGCGGGGGCAGACUUCGGGGUGACGGUGAAGGAGCUAAGGGAGCUGAUGGAGCUGAGAGGAGCCGACGCUCUGCAGAAGGUCCAGGACAGUUAUGGAGACACGGAGGGACUGUGCCAGAGGCUCAACUCAAGCACCACAGACGGCCUGAGCGGGGAGCCUGGAGACCUGGAGCGCAGGAGACAAACGUUUGGGCAGAACUUUAUUCCUCCAAAAAAACCCAAAACGUUUCUGGAGCUGGUCUGGGAGGCUCUACAGGACGUGACCCUCAUCAUCCUCGAGAUCGCAGCCAUCAUCUCCCUGGGCCUGUCCUUCUACCAGCCCCCCGGCAAAGACACAGAGGCGUGCGGUAACGUGUCGGCGGGGGCGGAGGAUGAAGGCGAGGCGGAGGCGGGCUGGAUCGAGGGGGCGGCCAUCUUGUUGUCGGUGGUGUGUGUCGUCCUGGUGACGGCGUUUAACGACUGGAGCAAAGAGAAGCAGUUCCGCGGUCUGCAGUCCCGGAUUGAGCAGGAGCAGAGGUUUGCCGUGGUCAGGAAAGGGAACGUCAUCCAGAUCCCAGUGGCCGACAUGGUGGUGGGCGACAUGGCACAGGUCAAAUACGGAGACCUGCUUCCGGCCGAUGGGAUUCUGGUGCAGGGGAAUGACCUGAAGAUUGAUGAGAGCUCUCUGACCGGAGAGUCUGACCACGUGCGCAAGUCUGUGGACAAAGACCCCAUGUUACUGUCAGGCACUCAUGUGAUGGAGGGCUCUGGGAGGAUGCUGGUCACUGCGGUGGGAGUCAACUCUCAGACUGGAAUCAUCUUCACUCUGCUCGGAGCCGGAGACGUGGAGGAGGACGGCAAAGACAAGAAAGACGAAAACUUUCAGGGCCCCACCUCCUCAGACGCCACUCACAACACAGUGACCAAUGGGAAACAACCCGACGGAGCCGUGGAGAACAACCAAAACAAAGCCAAGAAGCAGGACGGAGGAGUGGCCAUGGAGAUGCAGCCUCUGAAGAGCGCGGAGGGAGGAGAGGUGGAAGAGAGGGAGAAGAAGAAAACAAGCGUACCCAAAAAAGAGAAGAGUGUCCUGCAGGGAAAACUCACCAAACUCGCCGUGCAGAUCGGCAAAGCAGGUCUGGUGAUGUCCGCCAUCACCGUCAUCAUCCUCGUGCUGUACUUCGUCAUCGACACUUUUGUAAUCGAAGGUCGUACGUGGUUGGCAGAGUGCACUCCAGUUUAUAUUCAGUACUUUGUAAAGUUCUUCAUCAUUGGAGUGACAGUUUUGGUGGUGGCGGUUCCAGAAGGACUUCCACUCGCUGUCACCAUUUCCCUCGCUUAUUCUGUCAAGAAAAUGAUGAAGGACAAUAACUUGGUGCGACACUUGGACGCGUGUGAGACGAUGGGAAACGCCACGGCCAUCUGCUCCGACAAGACCGGGACUCUAACUACCAACCGCAUGACCGUGGUGCAGGCCUAUGUCGGGGACAUGCACCACAGAGCGAUCCCAGACCCAGGGCAGAUCAACCCCAAAACUGUAGAUCUUCUGGUCCACGCCAUUUCCAUCAACAGCGCCUACACCUCCAAGAUCCUGCCCCCAGAUGUGGAGGGAGGUCUGGCCAAACAGGUGGGGAACAAGACAGAGUGUGGUCUGCUGGGCUUUGUCCUGGACCUGAGACAAGACUACGCCCCAGUGAGAGAGCAGGUCCCCGAGGAGAAACUCUACAAGGUUUACACGUUUAACUCUGUGCGUAAGUCCAUGAGCACCGUGAUCAAACUGUCCGACGGCACGUUUCGUCUCUACAGCAAAGGAGCCUCAGAGAUCAUGCUCAAAAAAUGUUCGUAUAUCCUGGACGCCAAUGGAGAGCCGCGCAGUUUCCGCCCCCGAGACAGAGACGAGAUGGUCAAACAGGUGAUAGAGCCCAUGGCCUGUGAGGGUCUGAGAACCAUCUGCAUCGCCUACAGAGACCUGUCCCCAAACCCAGAGCCCGACUGGGACAACGAGGCCGAAAUCGUCACCGAGCUCACCUGCAUCACUGUGGUGGGCAUAGAGGACCCCGUCAGACCAGAGGUCCCUGAGGCAAUCCGGAAGUGCCAGCGCGCUGGCAUCACGGUGCGGAUGGUGACCGGAGACAACAUCAACACAGCCAGAGCCAUCGCAGCAAAGUGUGGCAUCAUCCACCCCGGAGAUGAUUUCAUCUGUCUAGAGGGAAAGGACUUCAACCGACGCAUCCGCAAUGAGAAGGGAGAGAUUGAACAGGAGAGAAUUGACAAAAUUUGGCCCAAACUCCGAGUGCUGGCACGGUCCUCCCCCACAGACAAGCACACACUGGUCAAAGGCAUCAUUGACAGCAGCGUUGUGGAGCAGAGGCAGGUGGUGGCUGUGACCGGAGACGGAACCAACGACGGCCCUGCGCUAAAGAAGGCCGACGUGGGAUUCGCCAUGGGCAUAGCGGGCACAGACGUGGCUAAAGAGGCGUCUGACAUCAUCCUGACAGAUGAUAAUUUCUCGAGCAUCGUUAAGGCCGUGAUGUGGGGCAGAAACGUCUACGACUCCAUCUCCAAGUUCCUCCAGUUUCAGCUCACAGUCAACGUGGUGGCCGUGAUUGUGGCCUUCACUGGAGCCUGCAUCACACAGGACUCCCCGCUGAAGGCCGUGCAGAUGCUGUGGGUGAACCUCAUCAUGGACACUUUUGCGUCUCUCGCCUUGGCAACCGAGCCCCCGACGGAGGCACUGUUGCUACGGAAACCGUACGGCCGGAACAACCCUUUGAUCUCGCUGACCAUGAUGAAGAACAUCCUGGGUCACGGGGUCUACCAGCUCGUCAUCAUCUUCACCCUCCUCUUCAUCGGCGAGCGCAUGUUUAACAUUGACAGUGGCAGAAAUGCUCCGCUCCACUCUCCGCCCUCAGAACACUACACCAUCAUCUUCAACACCUUCGUCCUCAUGCAGCUUUUCAACGAGAUCAACGCUCGCAAGAUCCACGGAGAGAGGAACGUUUUCGAUGGAAUCUUCGGAAACCCCAUCUUCUGCUCCAUCGUCCUCGGCACCUUUGCUGUGCAGAUUGUGAUAGUCCAGUUCGGGGGUAAGCCGUUCAGCUGUGCCCCUCUGAACGUGGAGCAGUGGCUCUGGUGUCUGUUUGUGGGAGUGGGAGAGCUGCUCUGGGGACAGUUGAUAGCCACGGUGCCCACGGAGCGGCUGCCCUGUCUGAAGGAGGCCGGGCUGGGUCUGGAGCCGGGAGAGGAGGAGGGAGAGGAGCUGGCCGAGGAUGAAGAGGAGAUCGACUGUGCAGAGAGAGAGCUCAGGAGGGGCCAGAUACUGUGGUUCAGAGGCCUCAACCGCAUACAGACACAGAUGCGUGUGGUGAAGGCAUUCCGUAGCUCUCUGUAUGAAGGCUGCGAGAAACCCGAAUCGCGAAAUUCCAUCCACAACUUCAUGGCUCACCCCGAAUUCCUCAUCAAUGACCUCAUCCACAACAUCCCGCUGAUCGACGACACCGAUAUCGACGAAGAAUCCGAAAUCAGCCGAUAUCAGCAUCUGCACCCCGCACUACGCAAGCCCCCGCCCCCGCCAGCCAAUCAGCAUCCGGCACGCACCCGUCCGUCCCGCCCCUACCGUCAGCAUAGCCUUCCAGUCACGCCAUGCAAUAGAAGUAACAACAACAACAACCUACAAACCCUCCAUUUUGAACGUUUUAUCUAUCAUCACAACAGUAGUUCAACGGAGAAACCUACUACUACUAUUACUACGUUUGACCCGACGCAUUUGACCCAUCCCUACUGUGUGGAGACCUGCUUAUAA